AUGGAGUCGUCGUCCGACGCCACCACUGCCGAUGUUUGUCAGCUGCACCCCUUCAUUUACAAUGAUCUCAUGCAUCCGCAGCUUCAAUUUACGGCGUCAAAGGAAUUUUCCUUUACCUCUCCAAGUUGCAGCAAUAAUUUCACGAAAGGUGUCAAGGUCUCACCUGACGGUCUUUGUCUGCUUACAAAUAGCGACGACCAUGUUCUGCGUCUUUUUGAAGUGUGCAACGAGUUUGAUAGCACGAGUUUAUUGCAAUGCAAAGAGGGAAAUGCAAUAUAUGAUUUCGAAUGGUAUCCGUUCAUGUCGUCAGCAGACCCAAACUCAUGCAUCUUUGUGAGUACAAGUCGAGAUCAGCCUGUGCAUCUAUGGGACGCCUACACCGGCGAACUCCGUGCUUCUUAUCGUGCGUUUGAUCAUAUGGAUGAGCUGACCAGUGCUCAUAGUCUGGCCUUUAAUACUACGGGCACCAAACUCUUUGCUGGUUUUGAUCGAAUGAUCCGGUAUUUCGAUCUCUCACAGCCCAGUAGGGAUUUUCAAGCGAGACCACUGAGCAAAACUCGACGCUCGCGUGAUGGACAGCGAGGAUUAAUCAGUACAUUGGACUUCAAUCCGGAUCACUCUCAAAUCUAUGCUGCAGGGUCGUAUGCUGGCACGACUUGUGUGUACACGGAAGAUAAAGGAGAAGAGCUACUUACACUACGCGACCAUGGCGGUCGUGGUAUCACCCAAGUGAAAUUCUCGCCAUGUGGGAGAUUUUUGUUUACGGCUGCCCGACAAGAUGCACAAAUUCAUUGUUGGGAUAUCCGUGCGUCAAACGAGAUUCUUCACACAUUCAAUCGCGUGGCUGAUACAAAUUUGCGUAUCGAAUUCGACCUGCAUUGUGGUGGCAAGUAUCUUGCAACGGGAAGUCGAAGUGGUUGUGUUAUGUUGUAUGAUGUGAUGACUGGUGCACUACUGAACGAAAACAUUCGGUUGCCGGAUUGUGCCAAUGGAGUAUCAUUCUUUCCAGACCCAACUAGGGCUAUGCUUGCGGUGUCGAGUGGCCAAAGGCAUUACGACUUACCAGAAGACAUGCAAGAUGAAGAUGAGUCUUGGAAUAAAAAGGUGGCGGCAAAUGUGGUGCAAGUGUAUGACUUUCAAAAUCCUCAACGUCAGGAGAAUCACGACACAGCUAAUGACGCUCUUGCACAAGGAAAAGAAUGA